AUGGCCACGCUCAUCCCGGCUGUCGACCAGAUUGCCGUGGUCGGCUGGGGCGACGCAGUCUGGGCAGCGCGGGUUACUGGCGAAUCUCAGGGCGGUGAGAUCGUGGUGCUGGCCCCGCUGCGUUUCCUCAGCGGCUCUACGGAGACGGUGGCACCUGUAUCAUGGAGAUCCUGCAGGCUGCCACGCGUGGCCAGACGAGGUACCGGUGCGGAAGUGCAGAUGAUGACCGAGAUCCUCGACGCAAUCAAUUACGUCCGACGUCUCAUCUACGAGCUAGAGUGCGGCCCGGUGGACUACACCUCAAAGAGACACGUGAACGACGCCAUCUCAGCCUGCCCUGGCGUCCUUGUCACAGACGGGAAGUCGGGGCAUGACGCGAUCGAAAAGAAUGAGCCAGCUGGCCUCGAACUACGUGACAAACGUACGAGUAUCGAGUGUCUUGGUAUUCGAUCACAGAAGGAGCAGACGGCCCUUCAGAUACGCUGGGUGCACAGCGAUGCUAUGCUAGCGGACGGACUGACGAAAGAUCGACCUGCCACGGUCUGA